CGGUGAAGUAGUGGGGCGGGGAAGAAGGGGCAGCCGUCAACGCGCAUGCCCGGUGCGUGCGCAGUGACUGCCGCAGCAGUCAUGGCGGCUCAGUGCGUGAGGCUAGCGCGGCGCACUCUCCCGGCUUUGACGCUGUCCCUCAGAUCCUCUCCUCGGUUGUUGUGUACAGCCACAAAACAAAAGAACAAUGGGCAGAACUUAGAAGAAGACGUGGGUCAAGGUGAACAGAAGACAGAGCCUCCUUCUACAGAGAAGAUUCUCGUAGAAGAGAAGGUCAAGUUAGAAGAGCAGCUGAAGGAGACCACGGAAAAAUACAAGCGAGCUUUGGCGGAUACUGAGAACUUGAGGCAGAGGAGCCAGAAGUUGGUGGAGGAGGCAAAGUUAUAUGGCAUCCAGGCCUUCUGUAAGGACUUACUGGAGGUUGCAGACAUUUUGGAGAAGGCAACACAGUGUGUCCCAAAAGAAGAAAUCAAAGACGAUAACCCUCACCUGAAGAACCUCUACGAGGGCCUCGUAAUGACUGAAGUCCAGAUUCAGAAGGUGUUCACAAAGCAUGGCUUACUCAAGUUGAAUCCUGUUGGAGCCAAGUUCGACCCUUAUGAACACGAGGCUUUGUUCCACACUCCAGUUGAGGGGAAGGAGCCAGGCACAGUGGCACUAGUUAACAAGGUGGGGUACAAGCUGCAUGGGCGCACCCUGAGACCCGCCUUGGUGGGGGUGGUGAAGGAAGCUUAGCUGCCUAUUGCAGGGUUUUGGUUUUUUUAAAUCACUUGCUAUAACUUUUUAAAAGCUGGUUUAACUUUUCUCAUCUAUGAAUAAUUUGACUUUUUCCCAAACCCUGUUGGAAAGCUUAAGUAGCCAGUGGCUAAAGAGAAAAUUAAGCCAGUUGCACCAUUGUGUUAAUGAACUCUAAUUCAGGAGUCUGUUCCCUGAUUGUUAGUUCCACGAGCUUACAGAAGAGCACCAGUGGGAGACUGCAGGGCCUCCAGACUCAUGGGAAGAACGGUGUCUCCGCUCACACUCUGGGAAAGGCACGGUAUUUUGAACAAAUAAAAGGUCUUCAGGAAUUCCGCUGUUUGGCUUCCUGGACACACCAGUCUGCACUGUGUGUCUUCUGUGCUCACUGUCACAUUGUUACUGGCACACGUAGCCCACUGUACAUUGGAGUUGAGACAUUUUUCUUGCUAAAAAAAAAUAUGACCCUGGUGAAGGAUGUGAGUUCAUUUAUAAUCAUUCACCACCUAGCUGCUAGACAUGACGGACCUCUACCUUUUCUCCAGAUAUAUGUAAACACAUGUACUUCAACAGUUCUUACCACCUUUAUUUUGCCAGUAAUUGAGUUUGACAGAAUUAAUUCCUUUUUCUCUGUGUUGUUCAUCUAAAUGUUGAAAUAUUUAAGUCUAUAAUCAGCUAGUUACUAACCACCUCAAGGUAUCCUCCCUAGUAAGAUGGACUUUCUCAAAAUAAGUGGAAUGCGUGUUCAAUGUCUUAACACGUCUUAAAUGUUGUUUAAAAUUUUUAUUUAAGAGGAUUAAAGCCCUAAUGUUUACUUUCCUACUUUCUGUUAACAAUUUUGUGUCCCCUGGGGAGGGAGACCUUUGAGGCACUGAGGCAAACAUGGCUCAGCCUUCCCGUUCUCUCUGUCCCAGCCUUGAAGCUGCCGGCUUGACAUACCCAGAGGGAGGUUCUCCCCUCAUGCAGCCCCUGGCUGGCACGUGCCUGGGCCAGUGCUGCAGGUGAACGUGCGGCCCUGCAGCCCGUCAGAGUAAGAACACAAAACACAUGGGGGGCUGAAAACACUCAGGAACCAUAGCGGGAGUAUACACGAUUUGUAAAAGGUGACUGUAGGACUCUCUAGCCAAAGGACCUCUAUUUCUCAUUUACCUUAAUAUCUAGGGCUUGGGAGAAAAGUUGAGUGAUGGAAGUAUCUUCUAAAUAAGAAAAAAAAACCUACUACCUUUGCUUCUAAAGAGGUACUUCCAGGAUUGAAGGGCAAUACUGUUUACUGCCCAGAAAAGAUGGGCACAGUCAACUUACUUUACAUGGGUCAUUACAAAAGUUUUGAGAUACACGAAAAUCAAGAAACAUCGAGUUCCACAGACAGAAACAAAUUGAAGCCUUCCCAGCAACACCAACAAGCCCAAGCAAGUUGAACCCUACACGGGUGAAUGAGAAAGGGCACAGUAAAAAAAAAAAAAAAGAGAGAGAAAGGGCACAGUGGCGGCGCAUGUGGCUCAAAAGAGUAGGGCGCCAGCCCCAUAUGCUGGAGGUGGCGGGUUCAAACCCAGCCCCGAGCAAAAACUGCAAAAAAAAAAAAUACAGAGAAAGGGCACAGUGACUCUGCAUCUUAGAAGUGAAAUCAUGGAGCAAACAGUCUGUCUUAAAACUUUCAUUGUGAUCCAUGUACUUACAAUUUUGGAAGAUGUAUAGUCCCAUAAUUAAAAUUUCAAAUAUUUUUCUCCUUUUAAGCUUCCUUGCAUUAUUUGGUCAAAAAUACACCCCAUUGUGGUCCCAGCUACUCGAGGCUGAGGCAGGAGGAUUACUGGAGCUCAGGAGCUCAAGUCCAGCCUGGGUAAGAAUGAGACCACAACUAUUAAAAAAACUAAGCCCUGAACUAAAGGCAGCAUGGUGUAUUUUUUUUUUUUUAGAUCUAAUCUCUUUUAUUUUUAUUUAUUUAUAGUUUUUGGCUGGGGCUGGGUUUGAACCCACCACCUCUGGUAUAGGGAGCCGGCACCCUACUCCUUGAGCCACAGGUGCCGCCCAGCAUGGCAUAUUUGAGAAAACAUGCCUGGGAGUUUCUGUGGUGUGUAGCAGUGAGUACAUCACUUACCUCUCUGGAACUUAUCUGUAAAAUGAAGGCUGAAUUUAAGAAAAGUAAAUUUUCAUACUAACUUCUUUGUGUACAAUCCCCUUUUCGUCUAGAACUACAAUUGCUAAAAAAGCACUAAACUUAAUAACCUAGAGACAGUAUAGCUUAAACAUGGCAAAGAAUUUCUUCACUGGAAGUUUCAAUCUGGUCAUUACUAUAGGUUGGGUAUUAUCUGAAAUGCUUGGGACCAGAGUUUUGAAUUUUGGUUUUGGAAUAGUCAAAUGUGCACUUAAUAGGGAUUCAGAGAAAUGUGUUAUCAGGCAUUUUUUUUACUGUGCAAGCAUCACUCCUAGGCUGCACUAUAGUGCUGAAUACUGUAGGCGUUUGGAACACAUGGUGGGGGCGGCACCUGUGCCUCAGUCGGUAGGACACGGGCCCCAUAUACCGAGGGUGGCGGGUUCAAACCUGGCCCAGCUUAACUGCAACCAAAAAAUAGCCAGGCGUUGUGGCGGGCGCCUGCAGUCCCAGCUACUCAGGAGGCUGAGGCAAGAGAAUUGCUUAAGCCCAGGAGUUGGAGGUUGCUGUGAGCUGUGUGAGGCCACGGCACUCUACCGAGGGCCAGAAAGUGAGACUCUGUCUCUACAAAAAAAGAAAAAACUAUUACGGAACACGAUGGUGAGUUGUAAUGUGUCUAAACAUGGAAAAGGUACAGUGAAUAGCCAGGCAUAGUGGCAGGCACCUAUAAUCCCAGCUACUCAGGAGGCUGAGGAAAGAGAAUCGCCUAAACCCAAGAGUUGGAGGUUGCUGUGAGCUGUGAUGUCAUAGCACUCUACCAAGGGUGAUAAAGUGAGACUGUUUCUAACAAAAAAAAGAAAAGAAAAAUUUAAAUGGCUUGGCGCCUGUGGCUCAAGCAGCUAAGGCGCCAGCCACAUACACCUGAGCUGACAGGUUCAAAUCCAGCCCGGGCCCGCCAAACAGUGAUGGCUGCAACCAAAAAAUAGCUGGGUAUUGUAGCAGACACCUAUAAUCCCAGCUACUUGGGAGGUGGAGGCAGGAGAAUCGCUUGAGCCCAGGAGUUGGAGGUUGCUGUGAGCUGUGAUGCCACGGCACUCUACCCAGGGUGACAGCUUGAUGCUCUGUCUCAAAAAAAAAAAAAAAGGUACAGUGAAAACCAGGUAUUACAAUCUCAUGGAACCAUGUUCAUGUAGGUGGUCCAUCAUUGAGAAGACUAUUUGUUAGUUAAACUUACUGGUUGAGCACCCUUAAACCCUGAUUCCAAAAUGCUCCAACAAGUCUUUCCUUUGAGUAUCAGGUUGGAGCUCAAAACUUUCAGAUUUUGGAGCAUUUCAGAUUAGGGACACUAAACUUGUUACAGGAAAACCUCUUUUAAUUAUGUACAUGUUUAUACUGUAAGUUAAAGAUCUGUUCUGUUGCAUUCUAGUCUGGAUUUUGCCUACUUGGCAAAAUGGGUAAGUUGUACAUGUGGAUAGUCUAAUCGACAUUACAACAGACCUGAGGCAUCUGAAAAUCAGCCUGGCUCCAGGGAAGACUGGUCUUUCUCUGGAUAUGUUGUUACUUUCAGGGAGAAGGGCUGACAUGAAAGGGUUGCUGCCUAAUAAAACUGGUUUGAAACAGUUGUGAAAACUGGUUUGAUACAGAAGUGUCAGAAUGGACCGUGUCACAUGACAGUUGCCUGUUGUGAGAGCACUGGCUCACAUCCAGAUCUGUGUGCUCUGAAAAACAGCUUCCAGGAACUAGUGGCAAGAAGCAAGCAGUAACACCAUUUCAUUCUCAACUUGUUUAAUAUGUAAAAGGAUAAUAAAAAUGGUAGUCAGAGUUCCGGUUUUUAAUACAUUCUUGGAAUGUUGGCCAUCCAGUGAGCAUUAUUUCAAACAGCUGAAGAAAAUUACCCAACUUUUUGACUCAAGGAGUUGCUUCAAUUUUUUAAAAAAGACCUAAUUCCAUGGGAUUAUGAUAGGUAAUUUAAAUGUAAAAAUGUAGCAGCUCUGAGCUACCAGCAGAAGUAAACACUAUUGUGACAGUGACAGCUGGAGUUAAGAGACUUAAGAGGCAGCCGAUCAUAAAAUUACCUUUCCCUUGUAACAAAGUGUUAAUACUUUAACAUAAAUUAAUUAUACAUUCAUUAUGGUGUUUUAAAACAGUCAAGCCUAAAUAAAUUCUUCAUACCAUCAAAAAAAUACAUACUAAAAACCUGCUUCACCACAAAGUUUUUCAUUUGAGAGCUCUUGGCCUGGGCCAUACACAUUUACAGGGAUUUUCUGCUCCUCAAGCUUAAUAUAAGUCUGGCAAUUGUUUUUU